GUUGCUAUGUCAAGCACCAAGGAGCGAGUUCUGUUCUGUCACGGGGCUAUGGCUGGAGAUAUUCGGUUGUUUGGUGAGUUGCUACUCAAACGGUUACAGUUUCAUUUCUGCAGUUUAUGUAAUCUGAGAAGAGAGUUAAGAAGCACGGAAAUAUUUAAUGGGGGUGGGAAAGGCAUGACUGUCUUCCGAUCGAAAUCUCGAACUCUCUCUCUGCAAUCACCAAACCGUCUAGCGAUGGAGAGAUCGGUCCCGUGGUCGGAACUCCAGCCGGAGCUGUGGUCGAUGAUCGGGAAAAAGCUCGACACGGACAUGGACGUCGUCCGAUUCCGCAGCGUCUGUUCGUCGUGGCGUUCCUCGAUCCCUCCCGUCUCCGAGUUGGAUCUCAGAAUUGGUGGGGACCCCAUCUAUCAGCGCAGGGUCUACCUUCUCGAGCCACCACCGCCAACGUCUCCGGAGGACGACUCGCGGUGCCCUCCGUCUCGUGAGGGUUGGCUGAUCAAGAUCGCGGAAGACGAUGAGGACGACCACCUAAGUGGUCGAGGCGGCAGGGUUCGGCUCUUCAAUCCGCUCUCGAGCCGACCCAUCUUGUUCAAGGGUGGGACCUUUCCUAAGGUUUUGUGUACUUUGGAUUAUAGGGUUACCGAGAUUUUUGUAGAGCGUUAUCUCAUAGACGAGAUUGGAGGAAGUUGUUAUGGGGAAGCGAGGAAGGUGAUCAUGCUUCCGGAUUCUCCAUGGGCUGUUCUUGAGGAGGCUUUGGUCGUCGGGAUUUUUUGGAAAGGGGGGUUGGUGUGUUGGAAACAUGGGGAUGAGGAUUGGUAUGCGAUGGGCGAUUCGAGUUGCCAGUACGACGAUCUCAUUGCUUACAAAGGGCAGUUUUAUGUCGUCGAUAGGUUCGGCAUCGUGUCGUGGAUCGACCCUUCUUUUAAGAUCGUGCAGUUCUCGCCUCCUGUUUGCGGUGACGGCAAUGGCGGGGACCGGAAUUAUCUGGUGGAGUCGGGCGGAGACCUCUAUGUCGUGGGUAGGUAUUUUGAUGAGGAGUGUCCAUUUAGUAGGGUUCGGGCAGGCACGGUGAGGGAGGCCGCUGAUUUUAAGGUUUAUCGGCUGAAUCAAGAAUGGGGAAAAUGGGAUGAGAUAAGGAAUCUCGGUGAUGUUGCUCUCUUUCUGGGCGAUCACAGUUGCUUCUCGGUGUCGGUGAAAGGAUUCGGAGGAUGCAAGGGGAACUGCAUAUAUUUCACGGAGUUUGACGGGACUCGAGAGGGAAAAGUUCAAGUUUUCGAUAUGGAGGAUCGCAGCGUCAAGAGGGCAUCAUAUUCGCCUGAUCGCUUGAGGAUCCUGUGGCCACCCCCAGCUUGGAUCGCCCCAAACGGGGUCGCCCUAAGUCCUUACUCGCUCAAGGAGCCGCUAUUCUAGUUAAUUCAGAGGAGAGCUUGUGAGUUGGAUGAGAUACAAUGAGAACUGGUCUGUGAUUGCUUAGUUGAAAAGAGAGAGGAAAGAGUUUAUCUUUUUCAAACUUGCAUCUGCAUAAAACCUUGAUGAUCACAUACCUUGUGCUCGUGAGCGCAUGAGCGUGUACCGUUGUGCAUGGAUCACUGUCGAGUGUGAAUGUGUGCGCGCUCUUGCAUGCUUGUUUUGCUUUCUGAUAGAAUGCAAUGUUAUCUUGAUGACUGAGUGAGGCAUGAGUCGAUGAAGAAUCAAGUUUAAUGGUGAUGCUCGUGGAUAGAACCUGCUGCAGGUUACAUACUUAAAUGAAAGUUGCUGCCUCGUAUCUUUUGCACUUCUGUAAAGGAGAGUUCUCAUGCAACCAUGAUCCAGUACGUGUGUGCCCAUUAUAAUUAGAUCUGCUUAGGGUUCUUUUUCUUUUGUCAUCUAAGCUGAGUUUUGAAAGGGACAAUGUAGUCUAUCGAGCUUGCCCAACUACUCUUUGCUCCCGCCGUGCCGUGUCUCGCUAUCGUCUUUGUCAACCUCAUCCUGAUCAAUUCCGGGCACAUACGUGGAAGCAGAAUCAAGUGGAGUUUUUCUGAUUA